AUGGCCUAUGGUACGGCGCCAAGGAGCGACUUGGGCUUUUCCCGGAGCUGCGAAGAUAUACUUCCUCGACAAUGUCCAGGUACCACUGUCCAGAUCAACUACUCGGACAACGGGACCACCUUUACUGCCGAGAUACCGGACGAGGACUAUGAUACGAGAAUUCCGAAGAGUCUGGCGACUUUGUACCAAAGCGGCCUCGCCGGACAAGCGCAGACCGUGUCUAGCUUCUUUGACAUUCAAUGGAGACAUUAUUCGUACGCCGUUCAUAGGGCCUCCAGUACCGGCAGUCGAUACCUCGUUGGCACAUAUCGUCAGCUAACAUCAGUGCUCCUGAACGAUGCCCUGGAGCCGAUUGAAGGUCUGAUUGUGGAUACUCAGAGCGGAGGUGUUGGAUUUAGAAACCACACCGUUCCACAGGGCUUGACUUUCGGAGCUGAUUGGACAGAAGAUAUUCUUUUCAUUGAGCCAGAGACUGCCUGCGUCGACACUAACCUCACCCUGGAGUUCAUGAUUUUUCCCUUCGAAAACCGAGGCAGCAGCAUCGUAAAUCUGUCUCUCGUGGAUCAGGGAGGCUUCGUCAACCUCAAUCGAACGUACCCUCGGAUUGAACUGACGGACACGCAGACUGACCCAAAACUAAAAGAACGUGCCUACAAAGCAGCCUGGCAGACAAACGCUUUAACCAUGGUCUACCUAAAUGUUACACGGCCCUCACCCAACUCUUUCUCAUAUCUCAAGUCGGAAAUAGAAAGGCACUUUCCGCUAUCCACUAGAGUUGGCUCAUAUGACUCGUUCACGACCUCCGACAGGUGGGGCGUCUUGAUCGAUGCGCCCUGGGCAUAUUCAAACGGUUCGGUGUUCAAUACCUCCAGGUCGUCCUUUGAUGACCCUGCAACUUUCUAUUCCAACCCUUUUAACAUCAACUUGGGAAACUUCAGUGACAUCAAUCUUAUCUGCCAAGGCGCGGGGGCGAAUGAUCUCGCCAACAUCACCAACAUCGGCGCGGCCUGCGGCCUGGUGUUUGGCGCUGCGAGGCGAAAGGAUGGAAGUGAAUCCCUGAUCUUCGAGCCGGAGUCUUGGUGGACACAGCCGCUUUAUAGCUGCGCGAGUGCGACAAAGGCUGUGAUCAAGACGGUACAGUUCAGAUACAACAGCACCUCUCAAUACGACUUGAAAGCUCUUCAAAUCUUGAACAUAACCGACAAAGUUUACAAAAAGGAAAACAACACACCUCUCUGGGGUGUGGAGAAUCCAAAUAUGACUUUGGGGUCGGUAACACCUCUAUGGGGGCUCAUCUCUCCCGAGCACGAGAAUGCCGUAAAUCUUUCUACUGUCCGAUCAGACCGGCUUUACUUACCAGGACAUCCUUCAGGGGGCGUCAGUAGCCUCCCUGGCUACCAGAACGUUCCUGGGACAGACGGCCCCCAAAGUGCUCUCUCAUCGGCGUAUAGUAUUGGCUCCUCCAAAGAUGUCACAAAUUAUUCGGGAAAGACAAACAUAGCAAUCGCCCCCACAACCGCGAAGAUCAUCAACCUCGUCUGGACAGAUAUUGCCGCUAAUUCCCUCGUGGGCACAAAGAGCUGGAUUUCUGGCUCAGCUCUGCCUCCCAAUCUCGCCAAACGAGAUGGGUCGCUAAGCAACAACGCUGCAGUUGAUGUGCCUGUCACGGUCUACGAGCAUCAAAUCCGCUACAGAUGGGUCUUUGCUAUCCCGGCCGCAAUAGUCAUGUUUCUUGCCGCACUCAUCGGCCUGGCUGCGUUAAUGUUCGCCCUUAUGGGCAAAGCGAGACCCUCUCACAUCCGUCAUUACCUCUUCCAACUCGCACCAGGCCGCAUUCUCACCAACUUCUUGUAUCCUGGAGUAUGCAGCGGGAACGCGCCGACGAGGAUCUGGAUCGACCAAGUCGGUAGAAAUAGCGUCACACUCUACCAAGAUCUGCCAGGGGCGACGGAACCACAGGUCCUUUCAAGCACACUACUGCCGAAAGAACGAGCAUUGACAAGCUCAUGCCAGGUGGAGUAUUCGAGGGGAGAAACUGGAACUUGA